AUGAAAGUGGUAUCUUUUCUUUUAGGAAUCACCUUUUUUACGGUCAGCGUGUAUACGGAGGCAGGUCCCCCCCAAACGGUGGUAGUCGAUUAUUCUGAAAUUGCGCAUCAAGCUGAAGUGAACAAGAAAAAUCUUUUAGAGUUUCUUAACAGGACUCAAGUGAAAGAGUUGUAUAAGAUAAAGUACAAGAAUCUAUUAGAUAAGCUCACUGGUUCGACGCGUCGCAUCGUUUCUGGUCGAAACACGUCAAUCGCAGCUGUUCCUUGGCAGGUUUCUAUCAGGGAGAAGACGUAUCCGGUUUGUGGAGGGUCCGUUGUUACCGAUACUUGGAUCCUCACGGCGGCACAUUGCUUAUUACGGGCCCAGGCAGUAGACCUGUCCGUCCGGCUCGGUUCAUCGUGGAAGUCUCACGGAGGGGAAAUGUACGAUGUUAAGGAAUCAUAUGUCCACCCCCGAUACGUCAGCGGUAGUAAAGCGAACGACGCUGGACUUAUAAGACUAUACUCACCGCUGAGGUUUUCACCCAGGGUUCUUCCCAUACUGCUCGCAGCCAGGGAAAGUAGAUUGCCCGCUGAUCAGAUGGCGAUUGUGUCUGGGUGGGGAAAAUUAAACGAAGGCGGUCCUGGGGCUACAUUCCUGCAGUCAGCCAGCAUCAAGACCAUGGCGAUGAAGCUUUGUCGCCAAUCCGGGUUGGAGAGGAAAUCCAUAGACCCAGCUAGCAUGUUCUGUGCUGGGUCCUUCACUCAGCCCUCUCCUGAUGCUUGCCAGGGCGACAGCGGAGGUCCAAUAGUAUCAGAAGGGGAGCUAAUAGGGGUAGUAUCUUGGGGUUUGGGGUGCGCUCGGGGCAAUUUCCCCGGGGUCUACACGAGAUUGUCUCACACGGUGAUCUGGGACUGGAUACAUGGCUACAUCACGACCAAACCUGACACAAAUGUCACGCUUUAA